GGGCCUCUUUCUAGAUCUACGCCCUGAAGAUCACUGAUGUCAUCAUGAUUCAACUGUUCUUUUUUCCCCAGUUGUCUUGAAAGCACCAUAAAUCCAGAGAAUGCCAGACUUUGAUGGCAAAGUUUGCCUACGUAUUGCCGCCACGCCACCUUCCUGUUCAAGUGAGCACAGCACAACAAGGAGCCAAAAAGGUGAAAUAAGUGCGGUUUUCGUGAUGGGAGCACAGACCUCAUCGCAUCGGGACGGGAAGAGCCAAGAGGAUGCUUCAGCCGAGAAUCUGAGAUCAGCGGUGAACGCGAUUUUGGAGGUAGAUAGCGUCGUCGAAUCCAAGUUCCAGCAGAAGAAUGGACAGAUCUCCAUCACCAGUCUGAAUGGGAAGGCAGAUGAACAGACAGAGCUCAAUGACCACUCAGAGGACAACACCCUAGCAGAGGAAGUUAAUGGCGUGUCCGUGUCUCGGAAGGAGGAGGUUCUUGAGACGAUGGACUCCCUUCAGGCUGUGGUGGCCUCUCAGGUGAACAGAGAGGAGGAGGAGUCUUCUGAUGCCAACAACAUCAGCAGGCCUGAAGAGAAGGUUGUUGAGGAGAAACCGGGCGAGGCCAAUGAGGUGGGCUUCAAGAAGAUCUUCAAUUUCAUCGGCUUCAAGUUCACCCUGAAGAAGGACAAGAAUGAGAAGACUGACCAGGUGCAGAUGCUGAAGUUGAUGGACAAGGAAGUGGAAGGAGGGACAAAGGGGUCUGAGGAAACUAAGGAGGAAGCCGCCACUGCAGAGGAGGGGAAGGCAGCGGAGCCAGAGACCGCCACUGUUGAGGCUGACUUCUCUGAAACCACAACUGAGGCUGCAACUCCAGUGGAUUCCCCAUCUCAGACUGUGGAUGGAGAGGCUGCAGAAAAAGAGCCCUCGGACCCAGUUGCAGCAGCAACUACCCCACAUGGCCAGGAGGCCCCCCUAUCCCCCUUCAGAAGGUUCUUUACACAGGGAAUCUUCUCCAAUCAGCGCAAGAAGGCAAGUAUCAAAAGUGCUAAAGAGAAGGAACCAAAAGAGAAAGCUGAUGAGGAGAAGAUAAAGGAGGGAGAGGAGAAAGCAGAGGCUGGGGUGGAAGAGGAGCGAGAGAAAGCAAAGGAAGGGGUGAAGGAGGUGGAGCCAGUGACAACACCAGAAACGGAGACACCUGAAGUAUCUGCGGAAGAGAUCAAAGAGGAGAUCCAAGCCGAAUUUACCAUGGAAACCUCAGAAGCUGCUGUUACUGAUGACGCCAAACAAGUGGAGGAGAAUGUUGAAGAAGCUGUGGAAUCAGACAAGGCCCCAGUUGAGGUCACCACCGAGGCUGAGCUUUUCUCAUCCCAGAAGAAGGUCAAGGCCCAGGGUAGCCCACUGAAAAAGCUGUUUACUGGGGCUGGCCUGAAGAAGCUCUCUACCAAGAAACAGAAGAAAGACAAGAAAGAUACGGAGACCAAGCUGACCGAGUCUGGGGAACAGGCGGCUGAACAGCUCCAGUCCUCUACAGAGUCGGCAGAGGUCCAGAAACCUGACAGUGGGGCAUCAUCUCCAGAGGAGUCUGGUGAGCAUGCCAUCGGGGUGGAAGCCACCCAAGCUGAGGCCAGCCAAGAGGCUGAUGAGGAGGUAACAAGCUCAGACGAAGGGAAGAAGAAAGAAGGUAUAAUGCCCUGGUCCUCCUUCAAGAAGCUGGUGACACCCAAGAAACGAGUCAAGAGGCCCUCUGAGAGCGAGGACGAGGCAACUGUUGAGAAAGCCAUGUCGGCCACCCUGUUCUCCACUGACAGUGCCGUGUUUGUGGAGAAAAAGAAAGAGGAGCCGGAACUCCCUGAAGAGGAGCCAAAAGCCGAAACCACAGAGGACCUGGAAGGCACCACAGAGGACCCCAAAAAGAUGAAGAUGGACACCUCACUCUCCUGGGAGGCCCUGAUGUGUAUGGGCGGAAACAAGAAGAGGACCAGGAAGACCUCUGACUCUGAAGAUGAGGAGACCAAAAUCGAAGAGCAGGCACCACCAACUAGGGAAGAGCAGGUUAAGACAGCAGUCUCUCCUUUUGGCAGCUCUGGAGAGGCAGAUCAGACAAACACAGUGUCAUCCCCCGAACCAUCCACUAGCCCCGCCGCAGGAGACUCCACAUGGGAUACUCUCAAGCGUCUUGUCACCCAUAGAAAUAAGCCCAAAAAUGAGGAGAGGACAGAUGAAUCUGGUGGCGAACAGGUAAUCUCAGACAGUGAAAUUCCAAAAGAAGAUUCCUCCUUCUCUCUGAGGAAACUCAUUCCCGGACGCAGAAAGAAGAAGCUGCUUUCCUAUAAUCUGGGGUCUGGUGAGGAAGAUUCCGACACACCAGCCGUGGUCCCUCUCUCAGAGUACGACAAUGAGCACGCCGAGAGUAAAGAAGAGGCUGAAGCCGAAAUGACAGUAGAGAUAAAGGACUCUAAGGAAGCAGCACCAAUCACUCAGGUCCAAUUGUCCAUUGGAGAGAGAUCCCCCUCUUGGAUCUCAGCCACAGCUGUCAUGGAAAACCUCCAGGAGAUCCCACAUGAUCAGCUGAGUGACAUCCCAGAAGAGGGUGCAGCCACCCCCAAAUCUGCUGACACCACCAUCGCAGAGGACAUUGCAGAACAGACCUUAAAGGCAGUCCCAUGCCAAGAGCAGGAACUUGAGUUGUCUGUUGCUGAGGUGACUGCAAAUUCUGAUGCCAAGAACAUUUUAGAGCAGAUCCCAGAAACAGUCACUUGCCAGGAGCCUGAGAUGUCUGUUUUUGAGGUAACUGAAGAGAUGAUCCCAGCCACGUAUGGCAAAACCACCCCUCUGCCCAAUGAGCCUGAGACAGAGUCUUUGGACGUCCCGCAGGAGGCUGUGGAGCUGCUCAGUGAUCUUCCAAGCCUGACUUCUAUGGAAAUCAUAGAGAUCCAACUGGAGGAGGCUGCUUCCAUCCCAGAACCCACACCGCCGAUCAAGUUCACCGAAACCAAAUCAAAGGUUGUCUUGAUGGCGCAUGAAGAAAUCGAGGUUUCUGCCAUCUGCACUGACCUGGGCACCAAGGAGAUCACCAAGGUGGCUGUGGAGAAGCUUGUAACUCCCACCAUGGAAUGUCUACCUGAGAUCAGCAAUGGUCUGUCCGCUGAGAUGCCGGUAGAAGAUAAGGCUGAUCCAACUGAGGCGGCUGACGCUAAUGAAGUAUUCAAGGCUCAAGUGGAGCAGGUCGAAAGCAUAUUCCUGGAGCCGCCACUAGAGGAAACUAUUGAAUACAUCCCAGUUCCUGAUAUAGCCACUGAGGGUAAAGAGCAUGAAGAUGAAAAGGUCGCCACGAUCAAUAAUAUCAAGAUGGAGGUUGUUGAAAUUGUUGAGGCCCCUGCGGUGAAUGAGAAUAUUGUGGACCCCAUUGUACCAACUGUUGAAGACUCCAUUGCCGCUAACAUUGUGGAUGGCUCUGAGGCACCUGUCAUUGAGGUCAAAAGUAAAGAAGAGAUGGCCGCUGUCGAAGAGAUUGCUGCUGUAGAGGAGGUGCAUGAGCCUGCUGCCCAUGAAAUGGUCACUUCACUAACUGAUGCCAACCAGCCCACAGUCACUGAAGUGUGCGAGGCAGCCAUUGUUGCCCCUGCUUUAGAGUUUGCCAUUGUAAAGAAGACCACGUACCUCGUCUGCCCACUGUCCGAGUCCUUGGAAACCCAGCAAGUGGAGGUCACAGAGGCUGUGGCAGUGGAAAAGCUCUCAGUGGCAGUUGCAGAGCCCACUGGCGAUGUCCAAAUUCAAAUGCAGGUGAUUGAGGUUGGCAUUACAGAGGCUGAAGAGACAAAGGAGUCAGAGGCCAUGGAGGAGACGGGCUUGGUCAUCGCUCAGGUGGUUAUCCAGAGUGCUGUGAAGAAAGUGUCUGAAGCAGAGUUUGAACCCAAAGCGCCUGCCUCUGCCACUGCUACCAUCAGAACUGAAGAUGCACUACCAGUCCAGGCGGUAGCAACGGUAGAGAAAGAGAUUGAACUAGUAGCAGAGGAGAAACCUGUCAUUGCUGAAACACCUGUAGUCCAGGUUGAGGAACCAGCACCAGAAACCCCAGCAGAGGUGUCUACUACUCCAGAGGCACCAGCCGAGGCUGAAAAACCACCAAAGGAAGUCCACGAGGCUGUCCAGGUCAUUGAGACCAUUCCAGUCACAAUUGAAAUCACAAAGAGUAUCAUGGAAGAGGUUACCAAGGAGGUGGAGUAUGUUCUCAAAGAGGAAGUAGAGGAAAUUAAACAUGAAGUGGAAUUAAAGCAAGCAAUGGAGGUCAAUGUAAAUGUGGAGAAAGUUGUUGAAGUUGUAACAGAGGUGAAACAGACAGAGAGUGAGACAAAUGGAAAGGCAGAGGAGGAGAUCAAAGAGGUAGAGGGCAACAUUGAGGCAUUAGAGGUUCAGGAAGUUCCACAAUCUGAGGUAGAGGAAGUAGUUAAGGAAUUCCAACUUGAGGUUCAACAAGCUGAGGUAAUAACGGUGGUUCAGGAAGUGAUAGCAGAAGUUCCCACUCCAGAGACAGCUGAAGAGAAGUCAGAAGCAACGAUUGUGACAGAAGAGACCCCAGUCCCAGAUGCCCCCACAGAGACUGCUGAAGCCCCAGCCCAGCCAGAGGGGACACCUGCAGAGGUCGUAGUCCCACAGACCACACAGUUGGUCAUACAGGCAACAGAGAUCAUUGAAGAGGCAGAGGAGGAAAUCAUGGUGGAGGUGGUAGAAAAAGAUGCCAUUGUAAGCUCACUAGAGACAAAGGAAGCUCCGGCCAAAGAAGACACAACAGACCCUGAACAAACGCCAGACACCCCCACCCCUGAACCCACACCAGAUACCCCUGCCCCUGCUCCAACUGUUGCCGAUGUUGUCGAAACAAUCAUGAAAUAUGACAGUGACGCAGUUCCGGGACAGGUAUCGGAUGGCCCACAGACAGCACUGGAAGAGCAUCAAAUGUAUGUUUCAAUAGAGGCUGUGGCUGACAUCCAAGAUGCCCCCGUUAACAACAUGGUUGUGACAGUUCCCAGCCCAGCGGAGGCAGCGGCAGAGAAGGCGACGUCGGUGAAGUGUGCGGAGGUGAUGGUGCAGGUGAUUGAGGAGGUGGUGAAGGAGAUCUCCUAAGAGCUUAAGGCAGCAUCGUGAGCACUGUAGAUGCAAGAUGGUUGACUAGAAGACCGACUGUCCUGACCAGGAAGGGAGUGAUAGUGAAAAAGGGAGCGAGAGAAUGCUCUAUGGAGAAACACACUGAGACUCAGCUCCAACAAACCCUGCCCAGAGUGACUGAGCGACAACUUCACCCCUCUCCUUCCCCCCUGCCCCCUUCACCCCCUGUCCUGCAGCACUAGCCCCUUCACACAGAGGUGACCCCUCCCCACCCCUGGGGUGAAGCAUCAAUCCCCCUAAACACACACUAAGCCACUGUCCUAGUCCCACACAUCUGAAGCUUCCCACCUGGCUGAUUAUCAAUGUGAUGUACGCUUCCUGUCUUGAUGAGCUUCCAUCGCCCUUGCUGCAACUCGGGAGUAUGCUGUCCCAUGAAGUGUGUGUGUGUGUGUGUGUGUGUGUGUGUGUGUGUGUGUGUGUGUGUGUGUGUGUGUGUGUGUGUGUGUGUGUGUGUGUGUGUGUGUGUGUGUGUGUGUGUGUGUGUGUGUGUGUGUGUGUGUGUGUGUGUGUGUGUGUGUGUGUGUGUGUGCGUGUGUGCGUAAAGUGAGUUCGAGAUUUAUUAUCUUGUUUAUUGUAUUUAUAGUUUGAGAGUAUUUUCUCAUUCUCCCCAUCCUUUAUCUUUUCUAUUUCUGAUUGUAUAGAAUAUGUUCUCUAUUUUCUCAUAUAUAUGUAAAACAAAUUCUACCUUCGAUUUCAAUGGCAGGGUCCGGUAUCAUUGACUACAGAGGAUGACUUAAUGUGAAUAGACAGGGCGUGAGGUGAAAGCCUAUAGAAGUGCAACAAUCUUAAACUUUAACCUUUGACAUUGUACUUACCUUCAGCUUUCAGCCUGACAAUAUAUUGUCUGCUCCUACUGUAGAUAAAACAUACUUCACUGUCUGACUGACUGUGAAAAAAGUAUUGUUACUUUCUGAAAUAUAUGGUGUGUAGAAAUACAAUAAAACACUAUAAUACACUGCAAUGCACAUGUUGCUGAGAUAACAAGGCCUAGGAGGAUGUAAAGUUGCAUAAUGGUAAAGGCCACGUACUCUCAUGCAAUGCCAUGCCAAUUGGCCACAUAGUGGCACUAUAACAAGCGAUUGAAAAGGGAAACUCCCCUUACCCCAUGUAACCUAAAGUCCUUGAAAUUCAGUACAUAGGUCCCUCCCCUCACAAGGAACAAAUUUGCCUCAAGAACACAUAAUGGGCUCCAUGAUGAAUUAUUUGCUAUUUUUAAUUUUGUGGAAAAACACUCGAUACUCCUCUGGCACUGAAUGAUCGAUCGAUCCACAGAACUUGGUACAUGGCAUCUACAAACAAAUUUAGGAAAAAACAAAGGCUAACAUUUCUUCCAUGAAGGGUAUCUAUAUUAUUAUGAAGGUAAGUUAAUGUUUUCGUUAUGAAGAUUGCAUUUACACUGAUUUGUCUAUCUAAAUAACUAGGGUUUUGAAAUGUCAUCCUAAGGCUUGCUUGAUACAGUAUACAGUACAAGUACGCCAAUAGUUUUUGCAAUAAUGUGUUUUAAGAACGAGUACUAAUGUAUGCACUGUGUAACGUUGAUAUAGUCCAUCGGAAAGGUUAUUUCUCAACAGGUUACAUCUGACACAAACAUUUCUAAACUAUCUUGAGUGGCGUAGCGGUCUAAGGCACUGCAUCUCAGUGCUAGAGGCAUCACCACAGACCCCCUGGUUUUAAUCCAGGCUGUAUCACAACUGGCCGUGAUUGUGAGUCCCAUAGGGCGGCGCACAAUUGACCCAGCGUCAUCCAGGUUUGGCCGGUGUAGGCCAUCAUUGUAAAUUAGAUUUGUUCUUAACUGCCUUGCCUAGUUAAAGGUUAAUAAAAUAACGGUGAUCUUAUAAAUGAGCAAAGUAGGCAAUGCAUCUGAAGUUAUGUUAAACUAAAUUUUUAGCUAUUUUAAGAAUGUUUAUAUGAGGCGAAGUAGUGUGAAAUUCUGUCAUAAACAAAAUAUAAAUCGAUGUGUUUUUUUUUCCUGGUGCCACACCAGUAAUGCUUUCUUGGCCUUAACUAACCAAUGUAGUAAAUUAGGCCAAAUUUUACCAGAGUGAAUAUCGACAAAGGGUCUUGGAGUAUGUGUUCAUGUAGGAUAACUUUUGAGAAUGAAUGGUGUCACACCAGUAAUGCUUUCUUGGCCUUAAAACUAACCAAUGUAGUAAAUUAGGCCAAAUUUUACCAGAGUGAAUAUCGACAAAGGGUCUUGGAGUAUGUGUUCAUGAAGGAUAACUUUUGAGAAUGAAUGGUGAUAUACCACACAUUUUCUUUGUUCGAUGGCAAUGUCAAUAAAUAACAUAGUUAGGUGGCGACCUUUGUUUCCAAGUAUGCAUGUAGCAGUUAAACUGUUAUGGUUGUUACUGUCAUUCCAAAAGCAUUACCAACAUUUUCUAUCUUCAGAAUGUUGCCAAGUAUGGUACUAUGUUGCAGAAAAAAGGAAGGGAAGCACUGCUAAGGUACACAAUAGUAGGGUUUGGUCGACAUGAAGGCGCACUUUCGUAGAAGGGGAACACUGGUAAUCAAAAAUAAAGGAGGACCAGGGCACUCUUCAUAUAAUUAAUUAAAAUGCCUUCAUUUCUAAGACAUGUUCAAGGGAAACAAAGGUGAAAAACGACAACGCGUUUUGGCUGCUUGGCUUUGGCCGGGAGUACAAAGAUAUGAUAAAACCAUGUCCUCUUUUGAACAGCUUUUUCCAAUCAACCCAGAUUUGAAGGGGGAGAGGUUACAUAAUUCAUUGGACAAUACCUAGUAAGCAAUACUAUACUCAUUCAAAAGUGAAAUACUGUAGAUAUGUUAUCAAAAUGCAAAUAAAAUGACAUCUGCCUGUAGCUCAGGACCUGAAUCAAG